AUGGAUCCAAUCAACAGCAAUGCAAGAAAUAAUAGCAUCUAUAAUGCUACUAUAAUGUUAGUAACAAAUUUUCGUUUUAAGAAAAGGAAUGGAAAAAUACGUUUCCGACAAUCGACCGGACCAAAAACGGAACGGACGGAUGAUGUCACUGAAAAUGAGGCAAUCUUAAUACACUCUGGGACAAAUGUACAAACACCGAUGGAAAGUCCUGAAAAAUGA